AAUUAAUAAAUCCCCUUCACGAAAAACCAAUUUUGCAUUUUAAAAAAAAAAAAAACAUGCCAGCCAAACUAUGUGUAGUACUCUCUGGAUGCGCUUCUCCCCAGCGUCAUACAUCUCAGCAGGUUUGUAGCCUACCGGAGGAAUUGCGCUUGCUCUCCCCCGUACCCCCGAAUUGAGCAGCCACCCACAGCACACAUGCGAAGUGCACACCCGCCACCGCUUUAAGGGUAAUUUCAAAACGGAAGAAGACUCUCCGCACGUUGGAUCUGCAAAGGGGGGAAACGCGCGCAGUGCACACCGCCCAUGUGGCCGAUCCGAGACAAGAAGCAUUGCCCCGGUGUGGUCGGCCUGGUUAGCUAAGUCAACCUGGUCAACGUAGUUAGCGUAAUUGGUUUAGCCAGCCAGGUCAACCUAGUCAUCCUGGUCAGUUAAGUCAACCUGGCCAACUCAUCCCCCUGCUGUGACCCCUCCUGAAAGCUUUCCUUCUUUUCGCGUGUCCUCGCCAGCCCCCCCAGAAGAAUGCUCACCGUUCGCCGCAAGUGCUCCCCCGCCUUUGCCCUUUCGACCCGCCUCAACUUUUCCAGCGUGAAAAAAAAAGCCUACGAUAUUGUGGACCACCACUACGAUGCGGUGAUAGUGGGCGCAGGAGGAGCGGGGCUCCGCUCUGGAUUGGAGUUAUCCAAAAAUAAUUACAAAGUGGCAUGCAUAAGUAAGUUAUUCCCAACAAGGUCACACACUGUGGCAGCACAAGGGGGUAUAAACGCCGCGUUAGGCAACAUGACUGAAGAUGACUGGAGGUGGCAUGCAUACGACACGAUCAAAGGGUCCGACUGGCUAGGGGACCAAAAUGCAAUUCAAUACAUGUGUCGAGAGGCACCUGAAUCCGUUUUGGAGCUAGAAGAAUUUGGGUUACCCUUUUCUAGAACAAAAUCAGGAAAAAUCUACCAAAGGGCAUUUGGAGGGCAAAGCUUAAAAUAUGGGAAGGGAGGACAAGCAUACAGAUGUGCAGCUGCCGCGGAUAGAACGGGACAUGCAAUGCUUCAUACAUUGUAUGGCCAAUCAUUAGCAUACAACUGCGUUUUCUUCGUUGAGUAUUUUGUUCUUGAUUUGUUAAUGGCUAGUCAGAACGAAUGCAUUGGGGUUAUUUGCUUAAAUAUAGCUGAUGGGAAGAUUCACAGAUUUUUUGCACCCCAUACGGUAAUUGCUACUGGGGGGUAUGGGAGAGCUUACUUGUCUUGCACGUCAGCACAUGCGUGCACAGGAGAUGGAAAUGCAAUCGUUUCGAGGAGCAAGCUACCCUUGCAGGAUCUUGAAUUUGUGCAAUUCCACCCCACAGGGAUAUAUCCAGCUGGAUGUUUAAUUACUGAAGGGUGUAGAGGGGAGGGAGGCAUACUGAGGAACAGGGAAGGAGAAGCAUUCAUGAUGAGGUACGCCCCGAAAGCGAAAGAUUUGGCUAGUCGAGAUGUAGUCAGUCGAGCCAUGACUAUAGAAAUAAAUGAAGGCAGAGGGUGUGGCCCUAAUGCAGAUCAUAUCUACCUAGAUUUGACACAUCUGCCGUACGAAACGUUAAAGGAAAGACUGCCAGGCAUAAUGGAGACAGCCAAAAUAUUUGCAGGAGUGAACGUCACCAAUCAGUAUAUUCCUGUGCUCCCAACGGUGCACUACAACAUGGGGGGCAUACCAACCAAUUAUAAAACGCAGGUGCUAACACAGAGGGUUAAUUCGUCCAAAGGGGUGAGCACGUUGGAAGGGGAAGACAUCAUUGUUAAAGGGCUAUACGCAGCAGGAGAAGCGGCUUCUGCAUCCGUCCAUGGGGCCAACCGAUUGGGAGCUAACUCCCUCCUAGAUAUUGUCGUCUUCGGAAAAAGGGCCUCCCUAACCAUCAUGGAAAUUGAUAAGCCAAAUAUCCCCCCCAUCAGUGCGCAGGCAGAUAUAGGCGACGAAACUAUACAGCGGCUAGACAAAAUAAGGUACAACAAAGGAACCAUUUCCACAGCACAAAUACGAAAGAAAAUGCAAGUGUGCAUGCAAAAACAUGCUGCUGUCUUUAGAAUUGGACCCCUCCUAGAAGAAGGCUACAAACAGAUACUCACCAUCUGCUCCCAGUUUAAUGAUGUCUACGUUAAGGACAAAACGCUGACUUGGAACACAGAUUUGAUCGAAACGCUGGAGCUGGAAAAUUUACUAACGUUGGCUUCUCAAACCAUUUUAGCCGCCAUAGAGCGAAAGGAGUCCAGGGGAGCGCAUGCAAGGGAUGACUUCCCCGAGCGAGACGAUAAGGCCUUUCUUAAACACUCCCUAACUUGGAUGACUGACCGGGACGUUGAGAAGGCGAAGUUUUUCACCACCUACAGGGGCGUCAUCACGAAGCCGCUGGAUGACGAGAUGGAGCACGUCCCCCCGGUCAAAAGGGUUUACUGACCGGGGUGCGUUGGAGCUGCGGCGUUGCAGAGUUGCUGCGCUGAUGCGAUGCUGUUUGGAUGCCUGCAUUGGGGGGUGCUUCCUUUUUUUUUCCCCUUUUUUUAUAUGUACUCUCCUCGAGCGAGGUGGCCAUAAAGCGUAGCCCCCCACCCAAAACCACUCCAUUUGUAACUAACCCCAAACUGCUGCAUUGAUUUUCCAAACAUUUCAAUUCGUCCUUUUUGGCCGCGUCCACACGGGUGGCCCAU